UAGACAGACAGGUAUGUGAAUACCCUGAAAAGGCAAGCUCUUACAUGUCGUUAUGGUGAAACCAGGGGGGAACAACCUCAAACACUAAUGUCACGUUACUUCAGAAGAAAUGAAAGUUGCUUUUGCUUUUUAAUGACACGGAGACAACAUGGAAACCAGGAGAAAGAAAUCAUUCAGAGCUGUAAAAUACACGCUUUUUGUGUUUUGCUACAUCUUCUGGGUGUUCAGUGCUGUUCUAAUUGCUGUUGGAGUCUAUGCCAAAGUUGCCAAAGAGUCAGAUGCAGUGGACACGCUGAUGGCAGAGCCAGCGCUGCUGUUGAUCAUUGUGGGAUCUCUCAUGUUCACCAUCACAUUUCUUGGCUGUUUCGGAGCUCUGCGCAACAUCACCUUGCUGCUCAACGUGUUUGUAGGAAUUUUGUUGGCCAUUCUGCUUCUGCAAAUAACGGCCGCUGUGCUGGGCCUUCUGUUCUCUGAAAAGGUUCAAGAGAGGACAGAGCAGCUGAUGAUGAAGGCGAUUGUACGCUAUCGUGAUGAUCAGGACUUGGAAAAUGUUAUCGAUUUUGUGCAGAAAAAGUUCAAGUGCUGCGGGGUGGAUUCCUACGUAGACUGGUCUGAAAACAUGUACUUCAAUGCAUCUACCCAGAACCCUAGUCUGGAGGCCUACGGAGUGCCCUUCUCCUGCUGUGUACGCCUAAAGAAUGAGACUGUGUUCAACUCUAUGUGUGGCUAUGGGACACAGAAGAUGGAGAACAGUGUGGUGAGCCGACUCAUCUACACCAAUGGAUGUCUAGAUGAGAUGGUCUGGUGGGGAAAACAGAACCUUCUACUGGUGGGAGGGAUGACCCUUGCCCUUCUUUGCAUUGAGAUAUGCAUGAUGUCACUGGCUUCAGUACAGCUCUCGCAAAUCCGAAGCGUUCAACAGAAGCACAGGAAAAGUAGCAUUACCCAAAACCUUUGCUGCAACAGAAAGUCUUGACUGGUUUUAUACGCUCACCUUACAUCAUGUGCAGGCAUUGGAAUUUAAUGAUCCAUUGCACUUGAAAUUUCAAGUUAUAACAUGUUAGAUUAGAUGCAAAGAAUGUGACUAUUAUUGUUUAUUAUACUGUGAGUUACUAAGCCAAAAGCUGUGAUUAAAUUCAGCACUAACAUAAAAAAAACUAUAUUUUUCCAGUGCCUGUCUUUGUUCAUUUUAUCUGUAAUAUUAAUAAAAUAUAUUUUACAACUUU